AUGGAGCUGUUGGAGAGAUGCCAGAGGAGUCCAUAUGGAGAUGAUACCCGCCCCCUCCGCGCUCCGCCCCCGGUGACGUCACGCUAUCGACCAUCGCCCCCCGCCCCCGUGACGUCACGGCCUCCGCCGCCGCAGCUCGCGCCGCCCGAGGAGCCGCCGGUCCCGUCCCGGCCCGUCCCGGCCGCCAUGCCCUCGGACCGGCCCUUCAAGCAGCGCCGCACCUUCGCGGAUCGUUGUAAAGAGGUACAGCAGAUCCGGGAGCAGCAUCCAAACAAAAUCCCGGUCAUCAUUGAGCGCUAUAAAGGGGAGAAACAGCUGCCAGUGCUGGACAAGACCAAGUUCCUCGUCCCAGACCACGUCAACAUGAGUGAACUGGUCAAAAUAAUCCGGCGUCGCUUGCAGCUGAAUCCUACCCAGGCGUUCUUCUUGCUGGUGAACCAGCACAGCAUGGUGAGCGUCUCUACCCCCAUCUCGGAGAUCUACGAGCAGGAGAAGGAUGAGGAUGGUUUCCUCUAUAUGGUCUACGCUUCCCAGGAGACCUUUGGCUACUGAGGCCUGCUGAGAGGUGGCAUGCGGAGACGGAUGAACUGUGGCGCACGGGCCUCCGGCUGUGGAAGACAACGCAACCCAAGGCUCAGGAGAGGGGGACUGCGCUGACUUCCUCUCCCUUCCCCCUUCCCUCCCCUUCCCAUCACCCCAUCACUGAAGAGGCUCGUGGCGUGCAUUGGUUCCCAUCCAUCCUUGAACCCAUGUUCAAGGCCAGGUUGGAUGAGGCUUUGAGCAACCUGACCCAGUGGGAGGUGUCCCUGCCCGUUGCAGGGGGCUGGAACUGGAUGAAUCUAAAGGUCCCCUCUGACGCAAACCAUCUUGUGAUUCUAUGAUGCCUUCACCUCUGUGUAGAUCAGCCCCGCUCUCUCCACACCCACGUGUGUGCACACGUACAGACAACCCCCUGCGCCCAUGCGGGGCCUCGCCGUCCCGUCCCCCGGUGUCACCUCCAGCUGCUCCCGCUGUGCCGCGUGUGCGUGUUCCCAGCGUGCUGCCGAAAGCCCGGCCGGGGGCGGAGGGAGGACAGGACACUGUCGCCUUCACCGUCAGCGCAGGGAGAGCCGCCUCUCCUCCGAGACACUCGUAAGGGCAGGAAAUCCACAAAAGCAGCAAACAAAUGUUACCGUUGCUCCCGAGUUUUAAUUGAUUUUAAUUACACCCAUAUCAGAUUCUUGGUGCUACUGAGUAGAUGUAGGCGUCUCUAUAGGUCUGUGGACAAUGUAUAUCCUUUACAUUUAUUUUAUUGGUUGGUUUGUUUGGGUUGUUUUUUUAGGGAUAGUUUGGAAUGGGGAGAGGGGGUAAUCUUUCCUGUAUUCUGUAGGUAAAUAAAUCAGGCUUUGUUGCACUUUAAAGCAUAGUAGAUGUCAGAGUGGAAUUUACUUUUAAUUUAUAUGGUUUGCUAUAUGAAGUGCUGCUCCUCUGUCGACGGUUGUACCUAGAUUGUCUGUUUCUGGUUUGGUUUUUUUUUAAAUACAAUUGAUUUCCCUUCUCUCUGUCUCCCCAUUGCAUGCAGUUUUUCCGUCUCGGUGUGGCAGAGUUCGCUCCAGGAAUGUACUGAUUUAUAUUUGCUAUGUUCCUGUUCCUGUUUCUCAUGUAUUAUACCAAAAAAACAAAAAAUGUAUAUGAUAAACUCCCGCCCAGUUUAAUCUAUACAAAGGUAUAUAUAUAAAUAUAUAUAUAUAAAAUAAACGUAAAUUCAA